AUGGCCGAUCAAGACGUGGAUUUGGACUCGAUCAUUGAUAGAUUGUUGGAGGUGAGGGGCAGCCGGCCUGGCAAGCAGGUUCAGCUUCUGGAGUCGGAGAUCCGUUAUCUUUGCACCAAGGCUAGGGAAAUUUUCAUCUCGCAGCCCAUACUGCUGGAAUUGGAGGCACCCAUCAAGAUCUGCGGUGAUAUCCACGGCCAGUACUACGAUCUCCUACGUCUUUUCGAAUACGGUGGCUUCCCGCCCGAGGCCAACUACCUGUUCUUGGGUGACUACGUUGACCGUGGCAAGCAGUCGCUGGAGACCAUCUGCCUCCUUUUGGCUUACAAGAUCAAGUACCCCGAGAACUUCUUCGUUCUCCGUGGUAACCACGAGUGCGCCUCCAUCAAUCGUAUCUAUGGUUUCUACGAUGAGUGCAAGCGGCGGUACAACAUUAAGCUGUGGAAGACUUUCACGGACUGCUUCAACUGUCUCCCCAUUGCGGCUAUCAUCGAUGAGAAGAUCUUCACCAUGCACGGAGGUCUGAGUCCCGACUUGAACUCGAUGGAACAGAUCCGUCGUGUGAUGCGCCCCACUGAU